AACAGACACCAUACCUCAUCCACCCUCAUGCCUAUACACUACUAGCAGAUCGAAGUGGGAUUGUACGGUUGAAAACACGAGGCUUGGGCGCUGCGUAAACUUUUUCAACUCGUGCUACACAUAUCCAGUUCAUAAUAACGUAUAAAACUAUCCUCAAAAUAUAAAUAUACUUAAACAUGAGAGGAAGCACGGUAUGUGCGGCGUUGCUCGCUUUAGCACUCGUCAUCGGGACUUCCAGAUCCCACCCGCUCGAAGGGAAUCGAAAAUCAAGGUCCGAAGAGGGAACCGUAUCAUAUUCGGGCUAUAAACUCUUCCGCACCGACGUCCCGCUACCCCAGUUGCCUGUCGUCGACUCCUUGGAUUCUUCUGACGGCGUGGACGUGUGGUCGUGGCGCUACAACGACCAGAGGCUGGAGUACGAGUUGGAUGUGCUGACACCUCCGGAUGCGGAACAACAGGUAAAACAGGUGUUCUCCGACUACCAACUGAAUUACCAAGAGGUUAUCAAGGACCUCCAGAGUGCCAUUAACGAGGAGUUGGGAGAGGAUGUACUUUUGUGGAACCGACCCGGCCAUCCAAUGACGUGGGAGAAAUAUCACUCCACCGAAGACAUGAACCAAUUCCUCGACUACUUGGAAGGCCGUUACCCUCACCUCGUCAGCCUCAUCGAGAUCGGCCAGAGCUUCGAGAACAGAACCCUGCGCGUCGCCAAGGUUUCCACGGGAGGGGAGAACAAGCCCGCCAUCUGGAUCGAUGGAGGCAUCCACUCCAGGGAAUGGGUGUCCCCGGCCACAGCCAUGUUCAUCCUGCACCGCCUCGUCGAGUUCAACUGGGAGGACCAUGAGAUUAUCAAUGAGUUCGACUGGUACAUUCUUCCCUUGGCCAACCCUGACGGCUACGAGUACACCCGCCACCACGACCGCCUGUGGAGGAAGACCCGAUCCGUCAACCCGGAAAUGCCCGGGUGUGUCGGGGUAGACGCCAACCGCAACUUCGGGUAUCGGUGGAUGGAAGGAGGCUCCUCGAGGAACCCUUGUAGUGACAUCUACGCCGGCCCGACUGCCUUCUCCGAGCCUGAAACGAGGGCCAUUAGGGACUUCUUGAUCGAGAAUAAGGAUCAGCUGAAGGUGUACCUGUCCAUGCACGCUUAUUCCCAAAUGUGGAUGCUUCCCUGGGGAUUCAGCCAAGAAAGGCCUGAGAAUUACAAGGACAUGUAUGAAGUGGCACUGAAUGCUACGAGCGCCCUGGAGGAAUCUUAUGGCACUAAGUACCGCAUCGGAAGCAUCCCCGAGUUGCUCUAUGUGGCGACAGGAGGUUCCGGAGACUACGCCCUGGGAGCUGUUGGUAUUCCUUACUCCUACUCUCUCGAACUCCGCGAUCUUGGGCGCUACGGUUUCAUCCUGCCAAGAGAGCAAAUCAUGCCAACAGCUCAGGAAACCUACGACGGAAUCAAGGCCAUGGCAAAGGCUGUCUUCGAAAAGCUCCAGGUCUCCAACAGCACGAACACUGGGGCAUAAUAAUAGGAACGCAAUAGUAAUGUUAUGAAGAAGUCAUCUACCCCAGAGCGCCCUUGUCCUCUCGCGUCAAGCCAGUAGCCGGUCAUUCCCCACUAAACUCCUUCACACUUUACUCAUGUUCACUCAUCACCUCCCCCAACCUAUCAUUUGUGUCUUAGUAAAAUCCGUAAGUCUAGUUCACACGAGAGACUUUGUAACCAUUUCCAUGCACAUCUUUAUCGUCUGUAUCACCCCCAAUUCAUUCCAGAACCUCAAAAUCAUUUUGAUAUUUGCUCCACAUGUAAGCCGAAUUACCCUUCCCUUUUCCCAUUUUCCUGUCAAAUUAAAAUUUUAACCCUACUAACCCCAACCUCAAUCACUACCAGGAAAAAAAUCAUGUUUAUUUAAUCUAGCAAAACUGAACUGUCAAUAAUCUGCAUUUCAUGGCACAGAUGUGUAUUUAGCUUUGUCUUCAAGUAAUAUCCCUAUGGAAGGCAGAAAAGGUGAUUUUUUAGCACAGUUGUAGAUCUUUAAAAAUUUUAUAAUUACCCUUUUUACAGCACUAUUAAUUUUAAUUUCAUGUGAUAUAUGAUUGAAAAAUAUGUAAGACAUAAUGCAUAUUUAUGAUCACUAUAUUUAAUGCAUAUUUAUGAUCACUAUAUUUAAUGCAUAUUUAUGAUCACUAUAUUUAUUAAAUAAGUUUUAUUUAUUUAUAGGAUAUAUUUAUUGUAUUAACUUAUUGAAUAUUUAAAAUGUGUAUGAUUCGUGGUACAAAAUAAGAAUUCAAUAACAUUGUCUUUGAUAAUUUUAUUCCUAGAGACAGCCUACAAAAAUAGUAAGUAUGGCAUACAGUAUCACAUUUAACAAACUUAACAGCAGUCAGAUAAAAAGUAAUAACAAUGAUAAAAAUAAAAUGAUUCCAAGGCUCCAGACUCAAUCACUGGUGAAAGCUACAUGAAGUACUGACAAUUUAUGAUCAAAUUACACAUAACUGGAAAAAUUAAUGUGCUUUUAUGCAAUAAACCCAUUAAAAUUCAUCUACUUUACACAAAAAGUAAAAAGUAUGGUACAUUUUCCACAUCAACAAUCUUACCUUACCACCAAUUUCACAGUUACUUUACCAAUAAAAAAAAAAACUUUGAUGAUAAUUCUGUUCAAAACUAUAUCAACAUGAUCUGCCUUUGAUAUGUUCACCUAACCAAUACUAGUCAUCACAAUAACAAUGAUAGUGAUUAAUUUUCCUUCUACAACACUGCAAGCUGCUAUACUUCACUAAAAAAUUGACUGGAACUUACAAAAAAAAGAGAAAAUUUCCCUUUGAUAAAAAACUAGUUCUCAUAAGUCCAUAAUAAGAGUAUUUUCAUCAGAACACAAAAGGACAUUAGUGUUACAUUAACAUUAAACCACAUACAUGCACAUAGCACAUCCAAUACAAGGUCUGAUCCUACACUCCUUGACUGAAUACAAUGCUCAAUGCUGAAUACUAUUCCACAAUGACAUUGUAGCAAUGAGCAGUCUCCUCAUCCUUAACAGUGAUUGGCAUAACCACCUUCGUCUAAGUAAUACUGAAUAGAAUUAAGAAUAAAGGCCACUUUCUAAUCCAUGUAACUCAUUUUCCGAUGCAAAAUCGUUUAUUAGCACCUACCACAAUAUCUAAAAUUACAUUCACAAAUUGUAUUUCACGUUUUUUAUCAAGUUUGCAAAUGCCAAAAUAUAGUCUUUAAUUUAAGUUUUCAGAAUAAACAUGCAUCAUAAAGCAAUGUACUGUAACAUCCAACACUAACUUGCAUACAUUAAAUUACAUGAACAAAGAAAUAGUACACCUUGUAAAAAUAGUAAGCAUCUGUCCCCUUUGCUGUAAUUUAAUUUACAAAGUAUAGCACAUAUUUACAAUAUAAAAUAUCUUUAAAAACUGUAAGAGAUAAAUUUCUCUAACAAAGUGCACCUCUUGGUCUUCAAAAUUCCACUUAACAUUACACCAGGCAAAACUCUUCAGCUUCCUGUCAAAGGAAAAUUUAUCAUCCUGCAUUUAAAAAGGACAUCUUGUGAACAUAACCAAAAACAAUUGUUUAGUAUGAGUAAAACCCCUAUUGCAUAUUGGCAGUAUCUACAAUCACUGUAACUCAGUAAAAAUAAUAUAAAAAUAGUGAUGGCAACACUAGUGAUUUGGAACAAACAUUUUUACCAUAACUUAUGAAAAGAAAGUUAGUAUAUUAUCAACUGGGCACAAAUAGAUAACAGUUGAGGAUGAGUAAAACCAAAAAUAGAAGAGGUAGACAAAUAAUUAAGACAGGAAAAAACAACUACAGCUGAAAGAAAGAAAGGAAAUCAAAGAAACUGUGACCUAUCCCUUCUCCACGAACUUUGCCCAGCUUUAGAUAAAUAAGACAUAUUCAAAUACAAAGUUAUAAUUAUUGACAUAAAUACCCUCUGCUGAACCCACAUUACACAGUUAAUUAGAACUUGCAAAUCAGAUCAUCACAGCACUUGAUAAACACUGAAGUGUACAAACAUGCACCUAGUGCAUUCCCAUUUGUACCAUUUUCAGACAAAAGGUAGUUUUGAAUAAUGCCAUCAGAACCAAUAAAAAAAUCUUACGAGCGAGUUCUUGAAAAAAAAAAAAAAAAACAAUAACAAUAAAUUAUAAUGACUUCUUAC